AUGAGUCCAGGCUUCAAUGCCCUCAUUGUGGUGGCAUUACUACUGGUUUUGCUACCCUCGCAGGUUCAUGCCUUUGGUGCUGGCAACAUCGCUUCUAUCUCAGCUGUUGAAGGCAAAAACUGGCGACAUGGCGACAUCGAAGAUAUGCUCAAGACUAUUGCCUUUAUCAAAGGCCACAAGUGGACGUCUACUAUGGUCAAGCGCGUUUAUUUUGGAAACUGGCUGCGCGAUUACUCGCAGGCAAUGGACGUCGGUACCUUGAAGAGCCUUCCCGCCGAUACCAUCCGCAUCCUUGUUUGGAUCCUUUCUUUCUUGACUUUCGGUUAUGCGACGGCUGAGUUUGAGGUCACCUCCGACAGACUCGGAGUAUAUCGCCCGGAGGAGCAUAUUGACAACCCCAAAGACUAUGCGGAUAAUCAGGAUGCACGCCAGUACGACGCUCGACUCCGUGGCCCCAUCCGCCAGGUUGAACUUGACAUCGACCCGCAGACUGGUAUGAAGAACUACAUCGCGAACGAACGAGGAGACUGGGCUACGAGUACUGCCUACAUCAAGUAUAGUCUGGCGAGGAGCAUCCACUACGGAAGAUUGUAUACCAGCAGUGGCCACCACAAGGGGAAGGAGGAAGACCUUUGUGAGGCUCUGCGAUGCUUGGGUCAAGGUCUACAUACUCUGGAGGACUUUGCAGCGCACACAAACUACUGCGAACUUGCGCUCCGCGAAAUGGGCUUUCGCAAUGUGUUUCCGCACACCGGCGCAGCCACCGAAAUGAAUAUCCGUGGUCACCAUGUCUUUCCCCUUGUGACAGGCACCUUUGGUAUGGUGGACUUCUUUCAUUCCGUACUUGGAGAGGCCACGGAUCACUUCACCCAGUCAGAGGUCAAUGAGAUGGAUAUCGCGCUGGGGGAUGCUCAGGCGAACUCCUCUGGCGGAUCUCUCUCUGCUUUCACCGGAUUGUUGGGCAAAAUCCCAGGGACAAAGGACCUCGUCGCCCAGGCUGAGGAGCUCAAACGUCGCUCUGAAGCUCAGCAGUACGCCAAUCAACACAGUGGUCAGAGGACGGGAUAUACCGCUCACGAGACAUCUCGAGGAUUGGAUGAUUACGGUUCGGCUAUUGGUCGCGACCUGGGAGAAUCGCUCAGUAGAGCUUCGGGGCCUAGCCAGCCCUCCACCUCCGGAGGCCCUGCUGCGCCUGGUUUGCCAGGAAUGCCAGACUUUGAUCCGAAGAAGACUGUGGCUCAGAUCUACCCCAUUCUCCAGUUCAGAGAUAAUGUGGUGCGGAAGCUUUCGUCAAUAAUUGAGAAGAUUCCGGGUCUAGAGACGCUGGUGGACAAGGUCACGGAAACCCUGACUGUAUUCGUUAUGUCACUUCUUGCUCCGUUCAUCCGUCCCAUCAUCAACGCCGCUUCCAAUUCGUUACAGGCUGGUUCGUCCGGUGUCAUUGAUGCCUCUGGCAAGCACCAAUUUGGACCAUGGACAGAUCCUCACUGCACCGACCCCACCCACUCGAUGCUUUCCAAGGAUCACUUCUCCAACAUUCUCAAUGAACCCGCUGGCCGAGUCGCCUCAGCUAUCCUCAAGUAUGUCGCUCCUCGAGUGUUGUACGCCUGGGAGCAUCCCGAAGCCCCGGAACAACAGGUUCUGGACGAUUGCCUUCGUGUGUUCCACCAUCCUGCCCUGCGCGACAUGCAUAAUGAGGCACACCGGACCAUGUUCGAGACCGUUCAGAAUUGGGCUCACUCCAGGCCGGACCGAGGUGCAAGCCUCAAUGAUAUUCUGAGCUCUGAGGGUGUCAGGGCAGGCAAGAACAGCGGCGGCGAAGUCGGACACUCGCAUGCCAGCACUGGCUUUGCUGCAUUGGGAGGUAACAAGCCUAGCCAUGCCGCUCAUCAGCAGCAUCCUCCCCAGCAGCAGCAGUCCUCCUCCCUCCCCUGGAACCAGCUCUCAAAGCUCCCCAUUCCAGGCAUAUCCAAUCUCAGCAAGUUGGAGAGUGCCUUCUCUAGUUUCUUACCGGGCAGCUCAUCAAGGGAGGAACGUGUCGAGAAUGUAGCUCCCCAACAUCAGGCUCCAUUCCAGCACCAACAGCCUGAUCGUCCAUAUCAACCACAUGGCCAGCAGCCUUACGAAUCACACUCCCAGCCACAUCAUCCCCAGCACUAUCAGCAGCAUCCCGGUGGUGGGUACGGUGAACCCCACGGUGGCUACCAGAGCAACCCUUAUGGGGACCAAUAUGGCCACCCACCUCCGGGUCCUGGCUACCAGCCCCCGGAACAUCAGCACCAGCAGCAUCAGCACCACGAGCAUCAGCACCAAUCACAUGGGUAUGGCCAGGGGCAUCACGGUCAUCCCGGGUCAGGCUAUGAUAAUAGAUACGGUUCUGGAUAUUAA